AUGGUGUCCGAGGGGGACCAGGUCAAGCUAGGUUGUUCUUUCUCGACGGAAGAGCCUGCUUCGAAAGGCGCCGUGUCGUGGCACAGAACCGGAUUGCGAGACGCGGUCAACUCUACCCAAGUCAUCGGUUUGAGAGGACGUUUCUCGCUGUUCUUCCCGAGGACCUUCCUGAGUGAAGGUGACGGAUCUUUAAUCAUUAGAAAUGUCAGCUGGGAAGAUGGCGGCACCUACUUCUGCAAGGUUCUCAUUUGGGAUGUAGACGAGAAGCAAGGGAAUGGCACCAAGCUCGUUGUGUACGCUCAUCCAUCAAAGCCGGAGAUUUACCUUCAGGUGGCAUCGCCGGAAGCACCGCAUCUGUCGCUGACAUGCAGAACGCAUGGGUUUUAUCCACCGCCGGUCCUACUGAACUGGUUCAGCUCCGAGAUAUCCCUGGCAGCUCCUCGUCCGUUGGAUAUUUGGGAAUCAGAGGAUGGUUUGUUCCUUUCCACGAGUCAUCUGGUGUUACCAAGUAACGCGAGGUCCAGAGUCAUUACCGUCACGUGCAUCGUCCAACACGUCUCUCUGCCUCAACCACUGAGUGCCAACUAUACUUACAACCCCGUAGAACACGGAAUGUGUGGAUACAGCGUGAUCCAAUAUCUGAAUAUUCUCAAAAUCGCCCUGUUAAUGGGCCUCACCGUAAGCAUGCUUUGGACAGUACGGAACGGACGUAAAGGAGAAAAAUAAAACCCUGGGUAAGACGGUCUUCUUCUGCCGCGAGCGUCCACCACAGGAUUUCCCGAGUUCCAUAAACAAUGCUGGCUCCUUGGACGGUUUCAUUAACAAUGGAAUUUUCUUCCCCGAAAUCCACUCUAAUUCAGAUAUCAUCGUAAAAAAGUCCCUGUUGGGUUUAUUAAUAAAAUAAAAUAUCUUGGUUCA